GCUAGAUACCUUGCUCUGGUUCCAGUGUGUAGAUCCUUGUGGCAGCCAUAGUAGUAUCCCAGUAGCAUUGAGCAGCGCUUAGCAAGGCUACACUACCCACAACACCCACCCAGACUCGCAGAGAACUCAGUAGAAAACCCAUCUUCUUGUGAGAGCUGCCAUGUCUAAGAAGCUGUUGAACAGAGUGGAGGAUGUGGUGGAUGAGGCUCUGGAGGGGAUGGUGGCAGUGUAUCCUGGCCUAACCAGACUAAUAGGACACAGGGUCAUCCUCCGAACAGACACACCCACUCUCGUCAAAGAAGGAAAGGUGACACUUCUGUCUGGUGGUGGGAGUGGUCAUGAGCCUGCCCAUGCCGGCUAUGUAGGGAGGGGGAUGUUGACGGCAGCCAUAGCAGGAGGUGUGUUUACCUCCCCUCCUGUGUCCUCCAUCUUAGCGGCACUCCGAGCCAUCCGAAGCCCUGGGGGGUCUCUCAUGAUAUUCAAGAACUACACUGGAGAUCGACUCAACUUUGGAAUAGCUCUGGAACAGGCUCGUAGUGAGGGGGCGGAUGUGAGAAUGGUGAUUGUGGGGGAGGACACUGCCCUGCCCACACUGGGUCACUCUGUAACUGGGAGGCGGGGUCUGUGUGGAGCAUUACUAGUGCAUAAGGUGGCUGGGGCUCUAGCUGAGAAAGGUUGUAGUCUGGAGGAGGUGGUCGUUGCUGCUCAGAGAGUAGCUGAUAGUAUUGGUACUAUGAGUGUGAGUCUGUCUCCGUGUAGUGUACCUGGGCAGACACCAACCUUCUCUCUGGGGGAGGAUGAGAUGGAAUUGGGGCUUGGUAUCCAUGGUGAGGCUGGAGCCAAAAGAACUAAAGUCCAGCCAGCUAAUGCAGUAGUGAAGAUGAUGGUGGAUCAAAUACUCUCCAAGGAGCCUGGUUUCAACUACUUCACAGCGGACAAAGGGUCCAAGAUUGCCCUGAUAGUGAACAACCUGGGGGGUACGUCUAAUCUUGAGCUAGCUGUGAUGGCCAAUGCAGCCAUAAGGUACCUAGUGGAUGUGUGUCAGUUUGAGGUAGUCCGAGUGUACAUGGCAACUCUGAUGACAUCACUGGAGAUGGGCGGGGUCUCUCUGACACUACUCAACAAUGCAGACUCAUGGACCGACUCUCUAGAUCUCCCCACUACUGCUCCUGGGUGGCCAACUUCCUCUGUGGGUGUGGAUGGUGAUAUGACCAGAGUUGACUCCACCCCUAUCCCUUGUCCGACAGGGGGACAGGAACAAACUAAGACCUCUAGCACUCCCCCUCCCACCACUAACAUUGGAGUGGUCAUGAAGAGGUGUGUGUGUGUGAUGUGUGAAGCUCUAUUAUCUCAUGAGGAGGAGUUGAAUGCACUGGACAGGGCUAGUGGAGAUGGGGAUUGUGGGAGCACUCUUCGUGCCGGGGCAGAAGCUCUUCAACUUGCUAUACCACAGAUAGCGUGGGAUAGUCCUCGUGAGGCGCUGGUUGCCAUGGCGAAUGUGGUAGGCGUGAUGGGGGGAAGCUCUGGAGCAUUGUAUUGUCUAUUUCUGAGUGGUGGAUCAGUGGCUUUGGAGGACCCCACUACUCCAUUGUCCUGGGCUGAGGCCAUGAGAGCUGGCAUGGAGGCUAUCAUCAAGUAUGGACAAGCCAAGCGUGGAGAUCGUACAAUGUUGGAUGCUAUUGGACCAGUUGUGGACGUGCUGAUGAGCAAGCUGGCUGGAGGGGAUAUUGGGAGUGUACUGAGUGAAGCUGCUCAGGCAGCUGUGAGAGGAGCUGAUGCCACUGUGGGCAUGAAGGCUAGGGCUGGUCGGGCUAGCUAUGUCCAUGAGAGUCAAUUGACCCAGGUAGACCCUGGUGCUAGGGCAGUGGCCAUCUGGAUGGAGGCUCUCUCCAGUGCUCUCAACUAGCGCAUCAAUGUGUGGAACUAUUCUUAUAGCUACAUACAUACAUUGAUGGAAUCAAGAACUCUUGAUGGAAUUCAUUACUGUUUAUUUUGUGAUGUCAUUUAUUUUGUGAAACAUAAUAAAAAUGAAAAUUGACAAUCCA